AUGGCAUUUGAGGCGCUUGUACGCGCCGACCCGCGCGACGAACGCGCCGAGCAGCGGGACGUCCGCGCCGAGCCGCGCGACGAACGCGCCGAGCAGCGGGACGUCCACGCCGACGCGCGCGACGAACGCGCCGAGCAGCGGGACGUCCGCGCCGACCCGCGCGACGAACGCGCCGAGCAGCGGGACGUCCACGCCGACCCGCGCGACGAACGCGCCGAGCAGCGGGACGUCCACGCCGACCCGCGCGACGAACGCGCCGAGCAGCGGGACGCCCGCGACGACCGCGCCUACCAUUCCGCCCGUCGAUUCCGCUCCCGAGGGCCUUCUGCCCUCCUCCCCCUCCCCCCCCCCCCCCACCUCGCUUCCUCCUCCUUCGGGCCAUCCAGCCCUCCUACCCCUUCCCCCGCGCUUCCUCCUCCUUCGGGCCAUCCAGCUCUCCUCCCCCUUCCCCCUCGCUUCCUCCUCCUAAGGGCCAUCCAGCCCUCCCCCCCCUUCCCCCUCGCUUCCUCCUCCUUCGGGCCAUCCAGCCCUCCUCCCCCCUCCCCCUCGCUUCCUCCUCCUUCGGGCCAUCCAGCCCUCCUCCCCCCUCCCCCUCGCUUCCUCCUCCUUCGGGCCAUCCAGCCCUCCUCCCCCCUCCCCCUCGCUUCCUCCUCCUUCGGGCCAUUCAGCCCUCCUCCCCCCUCCCCCUCGCUUCCUCCUCCUUCGGGCCAUCCAGCCCUCCUCCCCCCUCCCCCGGGCGUGCCGCACCAUCCGCCGCAGCCCCUCCGUCGGCAGGUGUGCCGCACCAUCCGCUGCAGCCCCUCCUUUGGCUGGCUUGCCUCCUCACCUGCAGCAGCCCCCGGUCCCGGCUCUCGUGCGACCUUACCGUCGCAGCACCCCUUGGCUGGCUUGCCUCCUCACUUGCAACAGCCCCUUCCCCCCUUCCUCGGCUGA